GAAACGGAUAAAAGAAAAGAAGGUGAGAGAAGGUGUGCGUCAGAAGAGGUGCUGAGGGACUUGGGUUAACGGGAUGAAGCCGUCCUUAUUCGCGGGAACGAAGCGGUCCUAGUCGAAUUCCUGAGUCACCGUCGAGAGAAAGCAGUCUAGGCAGCCAUAUUGAAUCCUGGCAAACCGAAGCAAAAAGGGCUACCAUAUUGGAUCUUUACCAGCCUUGGUGCUGAAGGGGGAUAGGUUGGAGGGAGAGUCCAUGUACAUUUUGGGCAAGUGAUGCCAGGCUGGCCUGCCAUGUCAUUAACGGGCAUGCCUUUUCUCUACUUCUGUGGAAGAGGUUGACAAUGGGUGAGGCGCAUCAAGUCGCUGGCCUUAGUUUACUGACGCCUUGAGUGUGCAUAUGCCGACGGCCGUAUUUCUUGGGGGCAAAUCGAAAUGGUUUGGCUUGUUUCCGAGCAAGCUGAAGCCUUUCUUUCGCCAUCUUUCUUAUGGGCACCGUGCUGGCGCCAUUGCCCCGCUGUGACCCGGUGAUGUCCCCGUGGCCAUUUUGGUUUCGGGCGGCCCGGAUACGGGAGGCGGAGUGUGCAUGGUGGAGGAGGGCCAACCACGCGGAAGUGACGUGAGGCGCCGCCAUGUCUUUUGAGGGCGGCGACGGCGCCGGGCCGGCCAUGCUGGCUUCGGGCACGGCGUGGAUGGCGUCGGGGCGCCCCGAGGAGCUGUGGGAGGCGGUGGUGGGGGCCGCUGAGCGUUUCCGGGCCCGGACAGGCACGGAGCUGGUGCUGCUGACCGCCGCGCCGCCCCCACCGCCCCGCCCGGGUCCCUGUGCCUAUGCAGCCCACGGCCGGGGGGCCCUGGCAGAGGCCGCCCGCCGCUGCCUCCACGACAUCGCCCUGGCCCACAGGGCCGCCGCUGCCGCCAGGCCCCCCGCGCCCCCACCAGCACCACAGCCACCCAGCCCCGCACGGAGCCCACCUCGGCCCACCCUGGCCAGGGAGGAGGACGAGGAAGAUGAGGACGAGCCGACAGAGACCGAGACCUCGGGGGAGCGGCUGGGCGUCAGCGAUAACGGAGGGCUCUUUGUGAUGGACGAGGAUGCCACACUCCAGGACCUGCCCCCGUUCUGUGAGUCGGACCCUGAGAGCACAGAUGAUGGCAGCCUGAGCGAGGAGACCCCUGCUGGCCCCCCAGCCUACUCAGUGCCCCCGGCCUCAGCCCUGCCCACACAGCAGUAUGCCAAGUCCUUGCCCGUGUCCGUGCCCGUCUGGGCCUUCAAGGAGAAGAGGACAGAAGCACGAUCGUCGGAUGAGGAGAAUGGGCCGCCCUCCUCGCCGGACCUGGACCGCAUCGCGGCGAGCAUGCGCGCGCUGGUGCUGCGGGAGGCCGAGGACACCCAGGUCUUCGGGGACCUGCCGCGGCCGCGGCUCAACACCAGCGACUUCCAGAAGCUGAAGCGGAAAUACUGAGGCCCAAGCAAAGAGCUUCCCGGCCCAGCGUCCGCUCCGCUCCACACUACACCCCUGCCCCGCCCCCUGGGCCGGCCAAUCCGAGUCAGACCUGGGACCGACCUUCCAGGUGGCCCGGGCCCCGGGAUUGCCCCCUCCCUGCCAAUCCCCGCCAUCCUUCCAGCCCGCGAUCCCCUCACGCGCCGAGGAGCGGGACCUAUCUAGUUUCUCGAUUGGGUCUGUCGCCGCUUUCUUUGCCCUGCGACAGAUUCUUUCGAUGAAGGGAUUAGCUCGCUCCCUGAUCGGGGCGGCCAGUUUUAAGCCCCAAAAUGGGUCAACUGUUGUUUUUUGCCUAGCGACAAGGGCUUUGCUCGCGCGGCAUUGGUCGAAAGCGAAAAGCCAAGCCACAGGAUUGGGAAGCGGCAAGCCAUUUCGGCCUAGAGAUGGGAAGCUCCUACAUUUGAUUGGCUCGAACCCAAAGGGCUUGACCAAUCUCCCGGAGUCGCCAUCCCACCCUUCCUGGGCUGUCCCGCCUGAUUGGCUCCAGCGUCCUGAGGGCGUGGCCAAACCCUCCUGUGCCCAGGAUUGGCCUGCGGCCUUAAAUUUACGUUCUUUACACUACUGGGACUGGGGUUGUUUUUGACCUAGUCCCGACCAAGUGUCCCUCUGCCCCCUCCCAGGGAUGGCCCAAUUCUGUCCCUGCGUCUGAUACCCUCUCAUUGGUUCCAUCCCACAACAGCCUGCCAAUCGAAGUCCGUCCUUGCAGCCCGGACGGCACCAGCUCCCGCCCCUCUCCCCCCACCCCCACAGGUGCCUUAAAGGGCCUUCGUCCGCCCAAGGUGGGGGGCAGGGGCCCUCGCUCUCCGGCCCUUGUGUGGGGGAGAGAGUCGGGGGUGGGGAUUGGGAGUUGGGAGGGGUGGUCUGAGAUUAAAGAAUUUUACCUCUGGCAAAUGAG